UAAUAAUAACAAUAUUAAAUAUACGUAAACUAAACCAACUGCGAACUUCCAUCCUUCCUGUAUUGUUUUUUUAAAAAACAAUUUUCAAUAAGUAUUAGUUUUAAGAUUUAGACAUUUUGAUGGCAAUAGUGCUGUCAUGUUUCAAAAGAUGCUUCGAUGGCAUCAAGUACACAGAACAUACGUCAUUUCCAUUAAUCAACCCUAUAUGUUUGGAUACCAGCCGAAUGGGUAAUGAAGUAGUGAUUGUGAAAAAUGGCACCAGGAUAUGCGGUAGUGGUGGUGUCUUGUGUACUGCGCCAAUAGUGCAAAAUAAAUGUUACUUUGAAGUAAAAGUACAACAAUCUGGAAUCUGGGGAGUAGGUGUAGCUCUGAAUGAUGUAGAUCUGUGUAAAGCACCUGGUGGUCACGAUCAAUAUUCAUGGGUGUUGUGCAAUGAUGGGGCACAAAGACAUAACCAGCAAGUAUUAAAAGCUAUAGAUAAUACCAUUGAAGAAGGUGAUAUUAUUGGUAUUUACUAUGACCAUGUUGAAUUAAACUAUUCGAUUAAUGGCCAACCAGUGAAUGAACCAAUUACAGGAAUAAGAGGAACUGUAUUCCCAGCUCUAUUUGUGGACGAUGGUGCAAUAUUAGACAUUGUGUUGGAAAGAUUUUCAUAUCCACCUUCUAAUGGUUAUGAUAAAAUCAUGUUAGAGCAAUCUAUACUUUAACUAUAUAUAGCGUAAAAGCUAAGAUGAAUAACAUAAUAAUAAAUAUUAAUCAUUCCAUUAAUAAUAAAUUAUAAUUUUAUAUUUUUUCUAUAAAUUGUUUUAUUUUUAUGCAUAAUAUAUUAAGCCCAUUUGUAAACUAAUAAAUUUAAUAUUAUUAUGUAAUUAUAUUAACUGAACAUUUAGAAGGUUUGCUAUACUAGUAGUUAUUCAAUAAAAUGAUAAUAUAAAAUAUUUAUCAACUUUAAAAAGUUUUCUUUUUAACAAAUAACUUAAUCAUGAAAAAAAAUAUUCAUUUAAAAUUUAUAUUACAGACAAGUACUUAAAAUACUUGUUGUUGUUCUUUUAUAAACAAAACAAUGUAUACUUUGUGCCUUCUAACUGUUCGUAGUCACCCUAGGAUAAAAUGUUUCAAUUUUAAAAUACAGAUAAUCAACCAGUUUAAUUAAAGAUAAUAUUAUUUAUUCAUUUUUAAAAAUAUAUAACCUACAUCAGGAAUAUUGUAAACCCUUUGAACAAAACUUAUUAACAUGUAUCAGUAUUUUAAAAGUGAUCAAACUAAUAGGUAGGUGGUUAAACCUAUAUUUAUUAUGAAUUAUAAGACUAAAAAAUAUUUUAGUGUAGACACUAUGUUAAAAUGUAUUUUUUUAUUUAUUAUUAUUUAACUGGUUGUGCACAUUAAACCAUUUUAUAGAAACAUUUUACUCUUCUACUACUUCUAGUUAAAUAUGUUAUAUUAUUUGAUGUACUUAAUACCCACAUGUCUAUGUGUUAUGUGUUUAAUAUAUAUAAUAUUAUUAGUUUUAAUUAUAUCUGAACAAUAAAUUCAGAAUCUCAGUUUAUCAAAAAUAUAUUUAAUUUUUGUAACCA